CGUCGUUGCAACAACGGGCAGAACGCUGGCCUCGAUCGCCGGAGCGACGGCAUCAGCACUUCUCAUGCUCGCGCCCGAGACGUCCCUCUUGCCUCCGCCUUCGCCCACGACCUCAUCCCCACCACAGUCCGUGCCGUUCGUGCUCUCUCCAUCUACAUGUAAGUUCAACUCGUGCGAAAAGCCGUCGGUUCCUGGUACGGACAAAUGCUCGUUCCAUAAGAAUCGACCGCACUGUUCGUUCACCGACUGCAACAACCAAGUUGUGUCCCAACGUUUGUGCGCUCGACAUGGCGGGAAGAAAGUGUGCCAGUUCGAAGGAUGCACCGCGCACACGCGAGGUCGCAAGUUUUGCUUGUCUCACGGCGGCGUCGUCCCCAAACGAUUUUGUUCCGUCGAAGGGUGUAACAAGCAAGCCCACUCGAAUCAAAAGUGCGUGCGGCAUGGAGGUGGUCGAUAUUGCAAGGCGGUCGGCUGUUCGUUUCACGCGCGCUCGGGGGGAUUUUGCCGCAUGCAUCGGUCCCCAUUGACCACACCAGCAGGGUCCCACCCCACCAACGGCACCGUCGCUCCAUCCCGCGACAAUCCGUCCCAGUUUUCAUCCUCGUCAGAUGAAGAUAGCGAAGAUCGAGGCAACGACACGCGACAAAUCCUUCCCUUGAAAGGCGCCAACGCCACCGCCUUGCUCAUGGUGAAUACGCAUUACCUGCCUCGAGAAAAACCCGAGAUUCCAUACAUCCGCCGCCCUCAAGUGGAACUCAAGCCCCGCCCGCCGCCCGCCACCAUGAUGUCGCUUCACUUGCCACCACCUCUUGUGCCCCCUUCGUCGUCAAACGUCGCCAUCCAGCCAGCGCCAACGACCCCUUCGCCUUCGCCACAUGCACCGUCGGACGGAUUGUCUUUUCCGCCGGAUCGAACGCUCAUGUCCAUGGCGAACUUGGUGCAUGCGAUGACGAUGGCCCAGCCACCGGCGCACCCACAGGUGAUUCUUCCAUCGACGCCAACAUCGCUCCUGCAGCCUGAAGCGUCGUCGCCCACGUGUAAAUUCAACCUGUGCGUAAACCCGACGGUGGCCGGUUCCGACAAGUGCUCGUUCCACAAGAAUCGCACCAACUGCUCGUUCCCAGACUGCACGAAUCAAGUCGUGGCGCGGAAUCUGUGCGUGCGUCACGGCGGCCGCCGCCUUUGCCAGUUUGAAGAUUGCACCGCCCAUCGCCGCGGAAAACGAUUUUGUCUCAAACAUGGCGGCGAAGUCCCCAAGCGGUUUUGCACCGUCGAGGGUUGCCAAAAACAGGCCCACUCGAACCAGCGCUGCGUCCGCCAUGGCGGCGGGCGCUACUGCCAGUCCCCUGGGUGUUCAUACCAUGCACGGACGGGGGGAUUUUGCCGCAACCACGCCUCGUCCGGCGACGUUCUCGACCACGACAAAAUCGGCCACCACGAGCAUCCCUGCCACCAGCACCAUCCAUUCGAUGGGCUGCUCAUGUUGCAAAUGUGUGCCACAGGCGACGUCGAGUUAGGAGGCGUCCGUGUGAAAGAAGAAUAGACUGGAUAACCCCUGGUGCAUGUAGCAUGACGCAGAUCGGAGCGCGA